AUGUCUCAAGUUUUUACUGCUGGAAAUUUGUUGGAUGCUUCUCGUCACUCGGAAUAUGAGUUCUGCCAGUAUGUAGUUUAUGAGAUUGUGAGAAUGGCAGCAAGUGAAGCAAUUUUUUAUUCACAUAGAAUUUUAUGGAUGAACAUCACAAUGCUUUAUCACAAUACUAAAAGCAUCAUGUGGAAUGUAGAACAAAAAGAGAUAUCACGAUUAUCUACAAAUCCAUUUGACAGCUACAGCUACACAUAG